AGCACCGGUUGUCUUUAUAAAUUAUAAUUUUUCCCAAUAAAAAUUAUUUUCUCUAAUGCGAAGUUAAAUUUUACACUUUCAACAUUUUAAUAAUGGACCAAGUAAAUAGUCAAAAGAACUUUCAGAAAACGUUGAGAAAUGAAAAAUAUUCACAAACUUGGAGCAAAGUGAAGUGACUGAAAACAAAUCAGAUCAGCUGAUUUCAAAGAAAGGAUAUUCCUGUAAAGUAACAGUGCUCGAGAAUGGUGAGAAUCUAAUGGAAAGAUUAUAAUAGCGAGGAAAAAUAAAAUUUUGGAGUCGAAAAGAAAAUGGCUUAUCCAACACUUUACAAUCCAUUGUCGUUUGUUAUUAAUCGACAAAUUAAUGAUAAAAUUAAUCAUCGUCAAAGAUUGGUAAAGGCAAGAUUUGAACAUUCGGAAAAUCUCUUUAGAAAAAAUCUUCUUUCACAUUAUGGAUGCGUGAAUGCAAUCGAAUUUUCAAAGUACGGCGAUCUUCUUGUGUCAGGAGGUGAUGACAGAAGAGUUCUAUUAUGGAAAGUGGAACAAGCGAUUCAGGGAACGGAGAAACCUGCCGUGAUGAGAGCCGAACAUUCAAGCAAUAUAUUUUGUUUAGGUUUCGAUAACAGUACAUCAAAAAUAUUUUCAGCCGGAAAUGACGAUCAAGUUAUUGUUCAUAAUCUUCAAACGGGAGAUCCACUAAAUUAUUUUCUCCACGAGAAGGCAGUUUUUGGUCUGUCAAUUCAUCCGCAAAAUGAUUUUGUUUUUGGAAGUGCUUGCGACGAUGGGAGAAUUCUCAUUUACGAUAUUCGAGGUUCCAAGGAGUCUCUGUGUUUGGCACAAUAUAAAAGUGCUUUUCAUUCUGUUAUGUUCAAUCCAAUUGAUUCGAAAAUGUUGGCAACUGCAAACGCAAAAGAAGGCGCCAGCAUAUGGGACAUUCGAAAACCAUUAAAACCCGUUUUACAAUAUGGAACGGAAGGACCAUCGCAAAGUUGUAUGUACGUGAGAUUUAAUUCAGCGGGAAAUAAAUUACUCGCCCUUCGAAGGCGAUUACCACCGAUUUUGUAUUCAAUCGAUUCUCCGAAACAUCUUUGUCAAUUCGAUCACUACGAGUACUACAAUAGUUGUACCAUGAAAUCCUGUUGCUUUGCAGGAGACAAUGAUGAAUAUGUUCUAUCAGGUUCUGACGAUUUUAAUUUAUACAUGUGGAAAAUACCAGCCGAUGACAUUCAGUGGGUAGAUUCGGCACAUAUGAAACUAUGCGGUCAUCGAUCGAUUGUAAAUCAAGUGCGUUACAAUAAAAGUAGUUGUAUUCUCGCAUCCUCGGGAGUGGAAAAAAUGAUCAAACUCUGGAGUCCAUUUUCCCUGGGCUAUGAAUGUUUGGGCGGACUAAAAAAAAAUUGCGGAAUUCAGGAAAAGCAACGAAGAGUAUUCGCGCACAGUGAAUAUAUUGAAUUGGUUCUACGAAGUGGACAUUUUAUGACUCACGACUACAGUCAUCAAUCGACAAAGGAAGAUCCUCGAAUGAUGGCCUUUUUUGAUUCUCUCGUUCAACGUGAAAUCGAAGACUGGAGUUCCGAGGACGUAACAGCGCCGCAAACACCAAGCGAUAAUGAUAAUUCCCUCGUGAAUAAUACUUUCAACGCAACCGAUUCAGAUGAUUCAACAGCAUCGGAUCGUCAAUUAAUGCUCUCAUUUCUCGGCCCGACGGUUAAUUCACGAAAUAUAUCCGCUGGAAUGGCACCCGAGCGUUCAUCAAAAUCUCCAAAUCGAAUAACACGUCUCAUAAUUAAUUGUCGAACAAAAUUAAUGAGAUUGGCUGGUAAGGAAAUACCGGAGGCAGCAACAAUAUCACCGAAUGCAAAUGGUGCCAGUGUUGUUACUGCUUCUGAAACUGGAAGUACAUCGAAAUUAAAAUCAAAAUUAAAAGGCGCAAAGAGAAAAACGAGUAAAUCUUCAUCAACGACUACAACAACAACAGGAGCAGCAACAACAACAGCAACAACCACAACGAGUGCUAGUAGAACAAGAAAAAGAUCAUCGACAUUGAUUGAAAUUCAAAACGAUGAGCAAUUGGAUACAAUGCAACCGAGUACAAGUUCAGGUCUUGUUUCACAGGUUUCAAAAUACAAUUCAACAUCGUAUUCGGAUAAACAAUCGAGUGAGAGUAAUUCUGAUGAUAAUGAUAAUGAUGGUGCUGCAGUUAAGAGGAAAAUAACAAAAGUUGAUUUAGAUAGUUCGCCAAAAUGUCAAAAAAAGAAGCACAAAAAAUGUAAGCAUCAUGCUAAACGUGAAAGUGGAAAGAGUUGUAAAAAGAAGCAAAAAGUUGAAAACGAAAGCGAUGAUGAGUGGUGGAAAGAAAUGGUUCUAGGUACUAAAUCGGAAAGCAAUCAAAAUGAAACGCCGGCAAAACGAACGAAUAAAUUAGCGAAACAAUUAUGUUCAACUCCAGACAGUGGAAUGGGUAUAUCGACAUCAGAAAAAAGUCAAUCGUCCGCCCAAAGUAAUAGCAAAAGUGCCGAGACUUCAGAUGACGAGGAAAAUUUACGAACUUUUCAGUCAUUUAAAAAGAAAGUUGACGCUAUAAAACGCACUUAUCGUAAACGUACCAUGUCAGAAGCGUCCGAUUCUUCUGACUAAAAACAAAAAAAUCUAACCACUUUUUUUUUAUUUUUUUCCUCUUUGUAAAUAAUGGAGCUGUGAUUCCUUUUCCUUGAGAUAUUUUUCUAAUACUAAGUUAAAAUCCCAAACAAAACGAAAAUUUAUCAUAUAUAUAAUAUAAUUAUUUUAUUCA